AGCCAGCGGCCCUGCAGAGCUGAGAAUGGGAGUAGUGCAUAGUGUCUGAGCAGCACACCCAUCUCCUCUCCGCUCUUCGCCUCACUCUCGUGGCCCGUUCACCCAUCCAUCACCCGGCCGGUCACCGUUUUGAACACCUUCCACCAUGGCCACCUCAGCAAGUUCCCACUUAAACAAAGGCAUCAAGCAAAUGUACAUGUCCCUGCCCCAGGGUGAGAAAAUCCAAGCCAUGUAUAUCUGGGUUGAUGGUACCGGAGAAGGACUACGCUGCAAGACCCGUACCCUAGACUGUGAGCCCAAGUGUGUAGAAGAGUUGCCUGAGUGGAACUUCGAUGGCUCCAGCACCUUUCAGUCCGAAGGGUCCAACAGCGACAUGUAUCUCCAUCCUGUCGCCAUGUUUCGAGACCCCUUCCGCAAAGAUCCCAACAAGUUGGUGUUCUGUGAAGUUUUCAAGUAUAACCGGAAGCCUGCAGAGACCAAUUUGAGGCACACCUGCAAACGGAUAAUGGACAUGGUGAGCAACCAGCAUCCCUGGUUUGGAAUGGAACAGGAAUAUACUCUCAUGGGAACAGACGGCCACCCUUUUGGUUGGCCUUCCAAUGGCUUCCCUGGACCCCAAGGUCCUUAUUACUGCGGUGUGGGAGCAGACAAAGCCUAUGGCAGGGAUAUCGUGGAGGCUCACUACCGGGCCUGCUUGUAUGCCGGAGUCAAGAUCACAGGGACAAAUGCUGAGGUUAUGCCUGCCCAGUGGGAAUUCCAAAUAGGACCCUGUGAAGGGAUCCGAAUGGGAGAUCAUCUUUGGAUAGCCCGUUUUAUCUUGCAUCGUGUGUGUGAAGACUUUGGGGUGAUAGCAACCUUUGACCCCAAGCCCAUUCCAGGGAACUGGAAUGGUGCAGGCUGCCAUACCAACUUUAGCACCAAGGCCAUGCGGGAGGAGAAUGGUCUGAAGUGCAUUGAGGAGGCCAUUGACAAACUGAGCAAGAGGCACCAGUACCACAUCCGUGCCUACGAUCCCAAGGGGGGCCUGGACAACGCCCGGCGUCUGACUGGAUUCCACGAAACCUCCAACAUCAACGACUUUUCUGCUGGUGUUGCCAACCGCAGCGCCAGCAUCCGCAUUCCCCGGACUGUCGGCCAGGAGAAGAAGGGUUACUUUGAAGACCGUCGGCCUUCUGCCAAUUGUGACCCCUACGCGGUGACAGAAGCCAUCGUCCGCACGUGUCUCCUCAACGAAACCGGCGACGAGCCCUUCCAGUACAAGAACUAAGCGGACUAGACUUCCAGUGAUCUCGAGCCUUUCCUAGUUCAUCCCACUUCCCAGCUCUUCCCUCUCCCAGUUGUCCCCACUGUAACUCAAAGGAUGGAAUACCAAGGUCUUUUUAUUCCUCUUGCCUAGUUAAUCUUGCUUUUAUUGGUCAGAAUAGAAGGGUCGAGUUAUUAAUCUCUA